UUAUGGGCGUUUUGUUAGGGUAUUGUUCAUACGCCGGCGCAGAAUUCCAGACAGCAUAAAGAAACCGGAGGAUCCGUUUUCUCCUGCUCAUAACGAUUCGAACAGUAUUCUGUGUAGGAUCAUCCCAAGAGAUAAUAUUUUAAUAAAAUAAUAUAUAUAAUAUUAUAACGCAUAUAAAUCAAUCAUGCCUCCUAAAACUAGUGGGAAAGCAAUGAAAAAAGCUGGUAAAGCUCAAAAGAAUAUUAGUAAAACUGACAAAAAAAAGAAACGGAAGAGGAAAGAAAGCUAUGCCAUUUAUAUCUAUAAAGUAUUGAAGCAAGUACAUCCGGACACUGGAAUAUCCAGUAAGGCUAUGAGCAUCAUGAACAGCUUCGUUAAUGACGUUUUCGAAAGAAUAGCUGCUGAAGCAUCAAGAUUGGCACAUUACAACAAGCGUUCGACAAUUACAUCUCGGGAGAUCCAAACUGCUGUCAGAUUAUUGUUACCCGGCGAAUUAGCUAAGCACGCUGUAAGUGAAGGUACAAAGGCGGUUACCAAAUAUACUAGUUCCAAGUAAU